AUGCCGCCUCAGAUCAAACAAGAUCUUAAUCGAUCUGGCUGGGAAACCACCGAUUUCCCUUCCAGCUGCGAGAACUGUUUACCAGACAAUCCGUAUGUGCAAAUGUUGAAAGAAGAUUACGGAGCCGAAUGCAAGAUCUGCACGAGACCAUUCACAAUCUUCCGCUGGAAAGCAGACCGGACCGCAAGAACGAAGCGAACGAAUAUUUGCCUGACUUGCGCCCGAUUAAAAAAUUGUUGCCAAUGUUGCAUGCUUGAUCUUUCCUUCGGUCUGCCCAUCACAGUCCGAGAUGCGGCACUGAAAAUGGUGGCUCCUGGCCCAUCGUCCGGCAUCAACCGAGAAUACUAUGCGCAGGAGCAUGAAAAAGAACUGGAAGAGGGUCGUGGUGCGGUCGAGGCCUACGAAAAGACAGACGAGAAGGCGAGAGACCUCCUGAGGAGACUUGCCAACAGCGAACCAUACUACAAAAAGCAGCGACGGUUGGAAGCAGCAGGAGAGGAAUCAGAAAAGCCAGCCGAGCAGAAACAGAGUGGUUAUGGACCAGGUCCAGUUCGCACUUCGGACUCAAAGAAAGCUGGAAAUGCGCAACGAGGCUCGCGACCAGCUCCUGGCGGUGCUCGAGCAGUCGCAGUCGCAGCACGUCCUCCACAACCCGAAGAUUAUCUACCUCCAGCCGACCCUAAUGUCAUGUCACUAUUCGUGACCGGCGUCGAGGAUGAUUUGCCCGAGCAUGCCAUCCGCACGUUCUUCACUCCUUUUGGCCAGCUCCGUUCGAUAGUCUGCUCUCACCGGGCUCAUUGUGCGUUCAUCAAUUAUGCCACCAGAGAAGGAGCCGAGGCUGCGGCGGCGCAUUGCCAGGGAAAAGCCGUGAUCCAGGGUUGCCCGCUGCGGAUCAAAUGGGGCAAGCCGAAACCACUUGAUAACACCGAUCGUGACCAAAGACUCGAAUGGGCGAGGGAAGGUAGACAGACGGCGGCUGCGGUGAAAGGGCCGCAAGCCGGGCAAAGAGCCAUUUCUGGUGGUGAAGGUGUACAAGCUAUUGAAGGAGCCACGGAAGAAGAGAGCAAUACCUUCACGGUUGCGCCUCCGCCAGGACAGGGAGAGGUCACUUAUGCCAGCCUGUCUGGUGACUGA